CUGAAAACAAAAAUUGAAAACAAGCGCAAGAUUACAGAAAACGAAAGACGAUCUGAGUGAGAACAAUCAUCUGCGAGUGUUGUGAAUAUGCGAUCAGCAACGAAAACCGUGAACUGUGAACAAUCGCAACACAUGCGACAGUGCAACAUGUGGCGCCUUGCUGCCUGAAAGCAAAAAGAUAAUCAAAGCAUUGUGUAAUAAUUUGCACAAAGGAAUUCCAAACUGAGAACGUGCGCGAGUGUUUGCUACAAAGUGUGUGAGAUACAAUCGCAGAAAUAUCAUCAGCAAAUGCCUCGUCGCAUCAAUGUGCCAGUUGAACUUGAGAGAUACAGCUGCAUACUCCAGAUAAUCGAAUAAUCGAAAUACCGAAAUACCGAAAGAUACUUUGCCCGACCACAAACGCAGUGCAAAUGUUAUAGUGCUCCGUCUACCUUCAAUUGCGGAAAUGACAAGGUACAACACUGACCAAGGAGCGAUGGACCAGCAAUUCUGCUUGCGCUGGAACAAUCAUCCCACAAAUCUGACCGGCGUGCUCACCUCACUGCUGCAGCGGGAGGCGCUAUGCGACGUCACGCUCGCCUGCGAGGGCGAAACAGUCAAGGCUCACCAGACCAUCCUGUCAGCCUGCAGUCCGUACUUCGAGACGAUUUUCCUACAGAACCAGCAUCCACAUCCCAUCAUCUACUUGAAAGAUGUCAGAUACUCAGAGAUGCGAUCUCUGCUCGACUUCAUGUACAAGGGCGAGGUCAACGUGGGUCAGAGUUCGCUGCCCAUGUUUCUCAAGACGGCCGAGAGCCUGCAGGUGCGUGGUCUCACAGAUAACAACAAUCUGAACUACCGCUCCGAUUGCGACAAGCUGCGCGAUUCGGCGGCCAGUUCGCCGACCGGACGUGGGCCCAGUAAUUACACCGGCGGCCUGGGCGGCGCUGGGGGCGUGGCCGAUGCGAUGCGCGACUCCCGCGACACUCUGCGCUCCCGCUGCGAACGGGAUCUGCGCGACGAGCUGACGCAGCGCAGCAGCAGCAGCAUGAGCGAACGCAGCUCGGCGGCGGCAGCGGCGGCGGCGGCAGCAGCGGCGGUAGCGGCCGCCGGCGGCAAUGUGAAUGCGGCUGCCGUCGCCCUGGGCCUGACCACGCCCACCGGCGGCGAACGAUCUCCGAGCGUGGGCAGCGCCAGUGCAGCGGCGGCGGCAGCGGCCGUAGCGGCUGCGGUGGCAGCGGCCGCCAAUCGAAGUGCCAGCGCCGACGGAUGCAGCGAUCGGGGAAGCGAGCGCGGCACGCUCGAGCGGACGGACAGUCGCGAUGAUCUGUUGCAGCUGGAUUAUAGCAACAAGGAUAACAACAAUAGCAACAGCAGCAGUACCGGCAACAACAACAACAAUAAUAACAACAACAAUAGCAGCAGCAACAACAACAACAACAGCAGCAGCAAUAGGGAGCGCAACAACAGCGGAGAACGUGAGCGGGAGCGGGAAAGAGAGCGUGAGCGUGAGCGGGACAGGGACAGGGAGCUGUCCACCACGCCGGUGGAGCAGCUGAGUAGUAGUAAGCGCAGACGUAAGAACUCAUCAUCCAACUGUGAUAACUCGCUGUCCUCGAGCCACCAGGACAGGCACUACCCGCAGGACUCUCAGGCCAACUUCAAGUCGAGUCCCGUGCCCAAAACGGGCGGCAGCACCUCGGAAUCGGAGGACGCCGGCGGCCGCCACGACUCGCCGCUCUCGAUGACCACCAGCGUCCACCUGGGCGGCGGUGGGGGCAAUGUGGGCGCGGCCAGCGCCCUGAGCGGCCUGAGCCAGUCGCUGAGCAUCAAGCAGGAGCUGAUGGACGCCCAGCAGCAGCAGCAGCAUCGAGAACACCACGUGGCCCUGCCGCCCGAUUACUUGCCGAGCGCCGCUCUAAAGCUGCACGCGGAGGACAUGUCAACGCUGCUCACGCAGCAUGCUUUGCAAGCAGCAGAUGCGCGGGACGAGCACAACGACGCCAAGCAGCUGCAGCUGGACCAGACGGACAAUAUCGACGGCUCCAAGGCCUGGCACAUGCGGCUAACUUUCGAGCGCCUCUCGGGCGGCUGCAACCUGCACCGUUGCAAGCUGUGCGGCAAGGUCGUCACCCACAUACGCAACCACUACCACGUCCACUUUCCGGGCCGCUUCGAGUGUCCGCUGUGCCGGGCCACCUACACGCGCAGCGACAACUUGCGCACCCACUGCAAGUUCAAGCAUCCCAUGUACAAUCCGGAUACGCGCAAGUUCGACAACCUAAUGUCCUCGUCGGCGGUGGGGGCGGCUGCCACGCCCACGGCCAGCCAGCUGGCGGUGGCCUCGCAAGCGGCCAUGGCAGCGGCAGCCGCGGCGGCCUUUAAUGCAGCGCAGCAGCAGCAGCAACAGCAGCAGCAGCACCAGCACCAGCAGCAGCAGCAACACCAGCAGUCGCAGCAGCAGCAGCAGCAACAGCAGCAGCAGCAGUCGCAGCAGCAACUCCAUGCCCUCGCGCAGCAGCACAUGCUGCAGCUGCAGCCGCAACACCACCAGCAGCAGCAGCACAAUGCCACAAGUGAAUGAUACAGUCAGUACCUGGGCUGGAACUACGGCGCCUGGCGUCCCGAUGACCCCAACCUCAAGCAGCAGCCCCAUCGCAAGGCUCAGCCCUUCAACUUCUAUGCCCGCGACUACUACUACCAGCAGCAGCAGCAGCAGCAGCCGCAGCAACAACAGCAGCAGCCACCCAGCAGCAGCAUGAACAACGGCAACAUGCGGCAGCAGCAGCAGCAGCAGCAACAUCGCCGCCAGCCGCAACUUCCGCCUGCCCAGACGAUCAUCAUCGAUGAGAGCGACAAUGAGCUGGAGGAGGAGCAGCAGAUGAGGCUGAGCUUUGAGCGGUACAUGGAGCAGCUGAAGCAGCUGGCGCCCUACGAUCCCCAAGAAACUUUGUGCAAUAGCAACACCAAUAACAUUAGCAGCAGCAGCAGCAGCAACGGCAACAGCAACAGCAACAACAGCAAUAGGAACAGCAACCGCAGCGGCGAGCCCACGAAUGCCAAUCCAAUGGAAGCUACUACAACUACUACUAAUAGUAAUAAUAUUAUUAACAAUAGCUAUGCUAACCACAGCACUAGGAACUACAGCAAAAGGCAGCAGGAGUAGCAGCA